AUGGCGUACAAUUCGCUGACUGAGGCUCCUCACGACCUGAAGGAGGGCAUUGACUGGUUGAUGGCGCUGAAAGGAGCUGAUGCUGGAAAGAACUUGGCCGCUAUGGGCGUUGCUGUUCACGAUUUGCUCGCAGAUGGGCCCGUUGCUUCGGGGGUGCUGCCAGCUCUAGAGAGUGUUAGACGUAUUUCGAAAGAGUUCGUGGAGCAGCCGGAGCUUAAAGACAUGUGGCCCACAAACGAGUUGGUGGAGAUGUUCAACAGAUCUAUUAAUAGAAAGCUCGGCAAUAACAGUACGUUAUUGAGAGGUAUCGACGAUAACGAUAAAAAAGACAUAGAAGCCAGGGAUUUCAUCGCUGAAACCAUCGCGAAUGACCUGGGUGACGUUUUGCAAACCACCGAGAAGUUCUUGGGUGAUAUAAAAGACCCAGCCCACUAUAUGCCCGCUUAUAGUUCAGAAGCAACGUGGGAUGCAUCAUGCGCGAAGGACCCGGAGGCUUGCGCCGUGGUCCUCGUGGGUAUUGCGCCUAUGUUAUACGCCGGUGUAUUUACUUUGUGGACUGUUAUUAAUGGAGACUUCUUUAUUGAUGAAACCCCCGUUGGGGUUGAAGAUUUGGGAAACGUCAUGAAAGCGUUGGGUUUCGUAGAGCCGGAAUACCGCACCAGCCAGAGUCGUCGCAAUCUCCUCCACGCGUUGCGUGGUAUGCAUAAAACAUUAUUGGCAACAAUGUAUGACCUCUCUGGUUUCUGGGAUUCCGAUACGUUGGAUAGUCUAGAGCCUACGGAUGUCAUAUCCGAGGAACCCAAGAAAGUUGAAUCUGUGGAGCCUACGGAGGUUGAAUCCGAGGAACCCAAGGAAGUUGAAUCUGUGGAGCCUACGGAGGUUGAAUCCGAGGAACCCAAGAAAGUUGAAUCUGUGGAGCCUACGGAGGUUGAAUCCGAGGAACCCAAGGAAGUUGAAUCUGUGGAGCCUACGGAGGUUGAAUCUGUGGAGCCUACGGAGGUUGAAUCCGAGGAACCCAAGGAAGUUGAAUCUGUGGAGCCUACGGAGGUUGAAUCUGUGGAGCCUACGGAGGUUGAAUCCGAGGAACCCAAGGAAGUUGAAUCUGUGGAGCCUACGGAGGUUGAAUCCGAGGAACCCAAGGAAGUUGAAUCUGUGGAGCCUACGGAGGUUGAAUCUGUGGAGCCUACGGAGGUUGAAUCCGAGGAACCCAAGGAAGUUGAAUCCGAGGAACCCAAGGAAGUUGAAUCCGAGAAGCCCAAGGAUGGCAAAUCUGAGGAACCCAAGGACGCUAAAUCCGAGGAACCCAGGGAUGGCAAAUCCGAGAAGCCCAAGGAUGGCAAAUCUGAGGAACCCAAGGACGCUAAAUCCGAGGAACCCAGGGAUGGCAAAUCCGAGGAACCCAAGGAAGUUGAAUCCGAGAAGCCCAAGGAUGGCAAAUCUGAGGAACCCAAGGACGCUAAAUCUGAGGAACCCAAGGACGCUAAAUCCGAGGAACCCAGGGAUGGCAAAUCCGAGAAGCCCAAGGAUGGCAAAUCCGAGAAGCCCAAGGACGCUAAAUCCGAGGAACCUAAGGACGCAAAAGCUGGAAAGGCUAAAAAAUGUCCAAAAGUUAAAAGAUGGUUUAUGAGCUGCUUUUGCAUUUAA